AUGUAUGGGCAAACAAACGCAUGGGUGUUGCCUGAUGGGAAGUAUGGAGCUUAUGAAAUCAAUGAAACUGAUGUCUUCAUCCUUACUGAGAGGUCUGCACUCAACCUUGCUUACCAGAACUUUUCAAAGAUCCCUCAGAAGCCUUCCUGCUUAGUUGAGUUGACAGGGCAUGAUCUGAUUGGACUCCCUUUGAGGUCUCCUCUGGCAGUGAACGAGAUCAUCUAUGCUCUGCCCAUGUUAACCAUUCUGACCAACAAGGGUACUGGCAUUGUCACCAGCGUGCCUAGUGAUGCCCCUGAUGAUUACAUGGCUUUGCAUGAUCUAAGUGCAAAGCCUGCUCUUCGAGCAAAGUUUGGUGUGAAAGAUGAGUGGGUGCCCUCUGAAAUUGUGCCGAUUAUCAACAUUCCGAGUUUGGAGAUAAGGCUGCCGAGAAGGUCUGCUUGGAUCUGA